CAACCACCAUUUUACGAAGCUAUUCUCAUCCCCCCCAUGCUAUAUCACUCUCUCCCUCUCUCCUCCCCUAUCAUCAUCCCUACCCUCUUCCAUCGGCGCCAUUGAACCCUACCUAGGGUUUUGCGCCUCCGCGGCGAUGGGGACGAUCUCCUCCAAGAGCUCGGAUAGCUCCCAUGGCGGGAGAGAGGGCGGGGGGCAACUCUACGUCUCGCUGAAGAUGGAGAACUUUCGCAUCAGGGCCGACCUCAUCCCCCACGUCUAUGGCUCCGUCCCCAUCAUCGGUUCCUGGGAUUCUGCCAAAGCCUUCUCGAUGGAACGAGAGUCAGCGUCGAUGUGGGAGCUCAGCUUCGUCGUCCCUCCCAAUCACGAAACCCUGGAUUUCAAGUUCUUGCUGAAGCCUAAGUAUAGGAAUUCGCCGUGCGUGGUGGAAGAGGGGCCGAAUCGGGUGCUAACAGGCGGCACGCUUGAGGGCGACGCGCGGAUGGCGGUGUUUAAGCUGAGAGGCGAUGAGGAUGUGCUUGAAUGCAAGGUAUUCAUUAAGGCGGAUAUUGUGUCGCCAUUUGAUCUCGCGGCGAGUUGGAGGGCGUAUCAGGAGAAUCUCCGGCCCUCGAGAGUGCGAGGGAUCCCUGAUAUCACGAUCAAUGUGGUGCCUGAUUCAGGAGUUGAGAAUGGUUCUGCUGCUAGUUUGGAGCUUGAUUUAGAGCAGUAUGUUGUUCCAGCACCAACUACUAGCUCUGGUGUUGUUUAUGCAGCUAAUCUGACUGAGAGUCCAAGAUCAUUAUUUCAUACUGGAAUUUCCUCCAAAAGUGGUAUCACAAGUAAUAGUUUACACUCUUCAACUAAAGCUGCUCUGUCUUCUGCUGACUGUAGUAACAUUAGAAAGGAUAUUGAGGUCACAGUUCCGGAACCCUCUAGAGCUUUUCCAAUUUCUGGUAUGGUAGAGUCAAAAUCAGUUGGCACCUUUUCAACAUUUCAAAAGCAAGAUGGUCAAAGAGGGCUCUUUGUUGAUAGGGGUGUUGGCUCUCCAAGGCUUGUCAAAUCAGCUAGUGCCAGUGCUUUUGUGAGUGAUCUCAAGUUGGAUGCUGAAGCGAAGAAGGGCAUGCCAGCGGCAGCAGGAGCUGUUGCAGCAGCAGCUGUAGCUGAUCAGAUGCAUGGACCAAAGGAAGAUUGCCGAUUGGCCAUUGUGCUGGUUGGUUUGCCAGCUCGAGGAAAGACCUUCACCGCAGCUAAGCUCACACGAUAUCUUCGAUGGUUAGGCCAUGAAACCAAACAUUUUAAUGUUGGGAAGUAUCGCCGACUGAAGCAUGGAGCAAAUCAGAGUGCAGAUUUUUUUCGUGCUGAUAAUCGAGAAGGCUUGGAGGCCCGUAAUGAGGUAGCGGCCUUAGCAAUGGAGGAUAUGCUGGCUUGGAUGCAGGAAGGUGGCCAGGUCGGUAUUUUUGAUGCCACAAACAGCAGUAGAUGUCGAAGAAAUAUGCUGAUGCAAAUGGCUGAAGGAAAAUGCAAGAUCAUAUUUUUGGAAACAAUAUGUAAUGAUCAACGCAUAAUUGAAAGAAAUAUACGCCUAAAAAUUCAACAGAGUCCAGAUUAUGCAGAAGAGCCAAAUUUUGAAGCUGGUCUACGAGACUUCAAAGAACGCCUGGCCAACUAUGAAAAGGUCUAUGAGCCAGUAGAAGAGGGCUCUUAUAUCAAAAUGAUUGACAUGGUCAACGGAUAUGGUGGGCAGUUGCAAGUCAACAAUAUUAGUGGUUACCUUCCUGGGCGGAUUGUCUUCUUCUUGGUCAAUACUCAUCUGACACCUCGUCCUAUUCUGCUUACCAGACAUGGUGAAAGUCUAGACAAUGUUCAUGGAACAAUUGGUGGUGACACAGUUUUGAGUGAUGCUGGGGAGCUUUAUGCAAAGAAACUUGCCAAAUUCGUAGAGAAACGACUGAAACAUGAGAAGACUGCAUCAAUAUGGACGAGCACUCUCCAAAGAACAAUAUUGACUGCAAAUCCUAUUGUUGGGUUUCCAAAGAUACAAUGGCGUGCUCUUGAUGAGAUAAAUUCUGGGGUGUGUGAUGGGAUGACAUAUGAAGAGAUAAAGAAAAACAUGCCAGAGGAAUAUGAGUAUGCCUUGAAGCCGCACUCUAGAUCACGUAAGAAGGACAAGCUGAGAUAUCGGUAUCCCCGUGGAGAAUCUUAUCUUGACGUCAUUCAGAGAUUAGAGCCUGUGAUCAUCGAGCUGGAACGGCAGCGUGCUCCGGUAGUUGUUAUAUCUCACCAGGCUGUAUUAAGAGCAUUAUAUGCAUAUUUUGCCGACAGACCAUUGAAGGAAAUUCCUCACAUUGAGGUUCCGUUGCAUACUAUUAUUGAGAUACAGAUGGGAGUUACUGGUGUCCAGGAGAAAAGAUACAAACUCAUGGAUUGAGUUUAAUUUCGGCGUGAUGGAUAGUUGCGCAACGACCAUUUUGUUGGUAAUUUUAUUUCGACUUAAAAUAGCAACUUAUAUGCAGAGUAGGCUUAAAAAGUGAGCCUCUCUGUUCACCUUUGUAAUGAUAAUGCACAUCAUAUAGAAUUUUGGCUACCAAUUCUCUGCAAUUUGUUUAGAUUGAGCUUUAUGGAAGUACACAAGGAAGUUUAUAGAUUGAUAUAUAUUCCGUCAUA